AUCUCGGAGUACAAGCGCGGACUGAAGAAGGACUUCGGGUUUGGUGCAAUUACAUUGGCGCCGUCUGUGGGAAACGAAUUGAAAGCUUUCUAGUUGCUCUUUCAUCAUGGUUCACACUCGAUCAGUCAGAGCUGGUAAUUCAUCUCUGCCUCAUGGGCAGGGUCAACCCUCCACCAACCUUCCACCUCUGAUCCCACCUCAACUCCCACCUCAACUUACACCUCAGCUUCCACCUCAAGUCCCAAUUAUGUUCCCUCCUGUUGAUCAUGUAGAAGGAGGAGAUGAAAACCAACCUCAUGCCUCAGCUCACAAUUCAACUUCCACUGCCAACCAAGACGUAGUGACAGCUCAGCUUGCUGCCAUGCAGCAACACUUGGAAAAGCUAGUAGCUGAACACCGAGGUGCUCCACCCCCACAUCAUGUUGCUGAUUCUAUACCUCACCCUCUUAAUACCAACAUUACUCUAGAACCAUAUCCUGCUGGCUUCAAAAUACCACAACUAGAGACUUACGACGGGACGAAGGAUCCCGAUGACCACCUGCAUGCUUUCUACUCUUGCAUGCAAGCUCAGAACGCUUCUGACGCGUUGAUGUGCAAAAUUUUCCCCUCUACUCUCCGAGAAAUGACAUCUGCCUUUGCCACUAAGUUUUCCAGUAGAAGGUUGAUUAGGAAAACUACUUCUGAGCUUAUACGAGUUAAACAGAGGGAUGGAGAAUCUCUGAAGAACUAUAUGAGAAGGUUCAAUGAUGCAGUUUUAGAGGUUAGUUCCUUUGAUCAAGCUGUGGGCAUUGCAGCUGUGAUCUCCGGUCUCAAGCAUGACAGGUUCAGAGACAGUUUGAUCAAAUAUGCUGCCACCAGCUUUAGCGAGGAAAAGGAUGAGGAUGGCGCAGAACUGAGGUUCGAUGUUGACCUCCCCACCGAGAUUCGGAAGGACGAACUCAACACCCCCGCAGCAAUCUGCAGAUAUUGUGAUUUUCAUCAAGAUCACGGCCAUACUACAGAGCAGUGCAAUAGCUUACAGUCCGAACUGGAAAGUUUAGCUCAGAAGGGAAUGCUAAAUGAGUAUGUUCAGAGGGCUGAACAGUCGAGGUUUAUCAGAGAACAGAGGCCGCAGCCUCAAGGAGUCCGCAAUCCCCCAAAUAGGCAAGGUGUGGGAUAUCAGCAAGCCCCACCUCCGCUCCCACCACCAGUUAAACAUCAAAACCGAGCUCAGAAGUGGAAGAUUGACGAUGCUGAGUGGAAGAAUCAACCCAUUACUUUCACAUCUGCUGACCUCGACACAGUUGUUACACCCCACAAUGAUCCUCUGGUCACUUCUGUCAUGAUCAAUAACUGUGAAAAGUAUGAUGGUCCUAUCUAUGGUUUUAACAACCAACCUGUUCCGGUAGAAGGAGUUCUUACCCUCCAUGUGGCUUUUGGGAGUGGCCGGACCUAUGUAACCCCUUCAGUCCGGUUCCUCGUCGUCAAGAUGGCGUCCUCUUUCAACAUUGUCAUUGGCCGACCCACAUUGACUGAAAUCCGAGCUGUGCACGUUAUGGGUGUAGAGAUCAUCGAUAAUCAACCGGACGAUGAAGCCAGAGCUGCUCUAGUCGAAGAUGUUGAAGAAGUUCUUGUUGAUGACAGAGAUCCGAGCCGAAAGACGCAGAUCGGAACUAAAUUGAACCCAGAGGAGAGAGCAGAGCUGAUAGCUUUUCUCCAAGCUAACAAUGAUGUGUUCGCAUGGACUUCGGCAGAUAUGCUAGGAAUUCCAAAGUCAGUGUUUCAACAUAAGCUCAGCACCAAUCCAUUGAAGAAACCAGUGGCCCAGAAGCGGCGUCUCUUCGGGGGGGAGAGGCUUCAGGCUAUUAAAGAAGAAGUAGAGAAACUUUUACAAGCUGGUUUUGUCAGGAAAGUUGAUUACUGUGAAUGGGUGGCUAACCCAGUCCUGGUGAAGAAGGCAAACGGCAAUGAGAGGUUAAGCCUCUUGGAUGCAUAUUCUGGGUAUCACCAGGUGCCGAUGGCUCCCGAAGACGAAGAGAAAACCUUGUUCUAUGCUGGCGAUGAAAUCUAUUGCUAUGUCAUGAUGCCGUUUGGCUUAAAGAACGCUGGUGCUACUUAUCAGAAAAUGGUGACCAUCGUCUUCCGAGCUCAGAUCGGCAAAAAUCUGGAGGUGUAUGUCGAUGACAUCGUAGGAAAGAGCCGGAAAACAGAAGACCAUCUAGCCGAUCUCGAUGAAACCUUCAACAACCUCAAAAAGAACAGGAUGCGGUUGAACCCAGCCAAAUACGAAGCCAUUAGUUCAGUUCUGGUGAGAGAAGAAACCAAGCAGCAGAAACCAAUAUAUUAUAUCAACAGUGUACUGCAUGGGGCAGAGCUAAGAUAUCCUAUAACGGAGAAAGCAGCACUAGCAGUUGUCACUUCGGCUAGGAAGUUAAGGCCAUAUUUCCAGUCACACCAAAUUAUCGUUCUCACCGAUCAACCUCUCCGGCAGAUUCUACAGAAACCAGAGUGCUCUGAAAGAUUAAUUAAGUGGGCAGUAGAACUGGGGGAGUUUGAGAUAAUGUUUCAGCAGAGAUCCGCAAUCCGAGCUCAAGCACUAGCAGAUUUCAUUGUCGAAUGCACCCCAUGUCCUUCAACCUCUACUCCAGAGCCCAACGACUGGACCUUAUAUGUUGACGGAGCAUCUAGUAGCAAGGGUUCAGGGGCUGGCGCUCUCUUGAUUGGUCUAGAGGGAUACCGAAGCGAACAUGCCCUGAAGUUCAACUUUGAUGCAACAAAUAACAUGGCUGAGUAUGAAGCUCUGCUACUUGGUCUACAGCUAGCAUUGGAGUUGAAAAUCAGUGCAAUUCAAGUAUACAGUGACUCCCAGUUGGUGGUAAACCAAAUUAACUCAAUCUGUGAAGUUGUUGAUCCCGUGAUGGUGAAGUAUGUAGCCUUGGUGGCCGAGCUGAAGUGCAAAUUCCAGAAAUUCUGUCUGAGUAAAAUUCCCCGAGCUGAGAAUGAACAGGCAGAUUCACUCUCCAAAUUUGCCUCUAAUAGCUCUUUAAGUUCCAGAUCCGUUUUCAUGGAGGUCUUAGAUGAACCAAGCUUUAUGAAGCCACGGAUGAUGGAGAUCAGCACAGACCCCGACACGUCGAGUUGGACUGAUUCAAUUAUCUCCUUUUUUGCAAGAUGGAAUAGUACCCGAGGACAGGCAGGAAGCAAUGAAGUUGAGGAAGAAAGCGUCUCGGUGCAUGAAGGUGUCUGUGGGAGCCAUGUUGGUGCUAAGACUCUGGCUCACAAAGUCUUAAGGCAAGGAUAUUACUGGCCAAACAUGCAUAAAGAUGCCACUUACUUUGUUCAGAAAUGCCCGAAAUGCCCAUUCGUGAAAGGGGUUAGUGGUGUAACCCAUCUGGUUGUUGGUGUGGAUUAUUUCACAAAGUGGGUAGAAGCUCGGCCUUUAUCUAGUCUUACCUCUAAGAAGGUCGAAGACUUUGUUUUCAGCUCGAUCAUCUACAGAUAUGGGAUCCCGAAUCAGAUUGUGGCUGAUAAUGGAACUCAAUUCAAUUGCUCUUCAUUCCGAGAUUUCUGUUCCAGUUAUGGGAUCAAGUUACAGUUCACCUCCGUUUACCAUCCGGAGUCCAAUGGCAUGGUUGAAUCUGUUAACAAAUGCAUUUUAGAAGGUAUAAAGCCGAGAUUGGAACAGCAUAAGGCCAAGUGGGCAGACGAGCUCAACAACGUCCUCUGGGCAUACAGAACCACGAGCCGAACUGCCACAGAUGAAACACCCUACCACUUGGCCUUUGGUACCGAAGCAGUCAUUCCUGUUGAAAUAGGAGUCCCAAGCUUCCGGGUCACCCAUUUCGAUGAAGGGCGAAAUGGACAACUGCUUCGGGAAAACCUUGAUCUGCUUGCUGAAGUCAAAGAAGAAACUCGGCUUCGAACUCUUGUAUACAAGCAGAAACUAGCCAACUUCUACAAUAAACGGCCCCGAAUUGGGAAGGCCCUUAUGUCGUGGCCGAAGUGCCACAUCCUGGCUCCUAUGUCCUCCAAGACGCUGAAGGAAAGAGAGUUCCUAGAGUCUGGAAUGUCAAUAACUUGAAGAAAUUUUACCCCUAAUAAAAUUCUUUCAAGUGAUCUGUCUUACUGUUCUUUACGCUUCUCACUUCGUGUUUGUUGAGAUUCAUUUUACCUCUUAUUCUAUGUAUCUGAGGUCAAUCAGUUCAUUUAUUCCUUGAACCUCACUUCUGUUAAUAAAUGUCACUUCUCAUU